AUGGAGACCAUUUCUUUUCUGGAGGGCGUGCAAAGCAAAGUAUACCACAACCUGCGCGACAGGGAAACCCGAUUGGUCAAGGUCCUCCGCGGCAAAUGGACAGACAGAAUACAGUGCCAGCUAUACCAAGCCUUUUUAUCCCGCAACCCCGUUUACAAAGCUCCGUCGUAUGCGUGGAGCUCUCCAAAGGCCACUCGACCUAUUGUUGUAGAUGGGCACCAGUUCCAAGUCACUGUCAACCUCGAAUCUGCUCUUCGACGGCUUCGACGCAAUGACGAUGAUCUUUGUCUUUGGGUGGACGCACUCUUCAUUGUCUAUCUCGGCGAAGUCCCACAUCUAAGCCCUACAGCGUUGAUGAAAUCUCUAGUGUCUUCUACUACGCAUUUCAAAUGCGAUGCCAGCGAUGAAGAUAAGAUGGUGGAUUUUCGUGCUCGAUGUACUGCUCACGCGCCUCUUGCCGGCAAAAGCAGAUUGGACAACGCUUUUGAGGUCUUUUGCUUUCUUCGACUUCUCUCUGCAACUCGAGGGUUGAGUCGUUUUCCGGCAUUCAGUACUGACUCUCAACGAUCUACUGAUGACGACUAUCAACGCAAACUCUUCGAGGGACUGAGACAGAUGAUGCUAUGCCGAUGGUGGAACAGGAUCUGGGUUAUCCAGGAGAUAGUUGUUCCUCAGCGUGUGACUAUGGUCUACGGGUCUGCUUCAGCGCCUUGGGAAAUGUUCGUCACUGCUGCUCAAUGGAACUCGUAUAAUCGAUCCUCUGUAUAUCCAUUGCCAUUGCCCCAUGAGUACUCAUCCGUCCUCACAUAUUUUAGUCAAAUUGUUCUAGACAUUGACUGCAUGCGUACGGUGUGGCGACAUGAGAAGGAGUGUGAUCUUCUAUCACUUAUGCGGCGAUCUAGUGGUCGAAAAGCAAGCGAUGAUCGUGACAAAGUCUUUGCACUCCUCGGUCUGGCUCGUGGGCAGACUUCAAUCGUCCCCAAUUACUCCCUCAACGUGCCUGAGGUCUUCAAGGAAACAGUCUUGGAUCUCAUAAGGACAACCAGAUCGCUAGAUGUACUCGCUGGAGACCUUGGCAGGAAAGACCGGCAAGAUCUUUCCUCGUGGGUUCCAGACUGGAGUGCUACGUAUGAUGAUCUUGAUCGUCGUCGAGCCGAUAAUACGUUUAAGUAUAAUGCAACUAAUGGAUGCGUUGUCUACGAUGAAAAGACUGGUAUCCUCGGAUACUUGGAUGUGCUAGCGUCACUAUCAGGCAGAACAUCACUGAAAGAAGUGACCGGUACCGGGAGCACCGAUCAAAUCGUCGAACGAUUCAACAAUAUUUUAGGAACCUCCGAUUGGACGGAUUGGUUACCAUCUGUUACUGAUCGAGAUAGUCCAAAGGAGGAGCUAUGUUUGAAAGCCGUCCAGAAAUUUGAACAUGCUCGUGGAAAAGCAGUGUCCUUGAAGAAUUGGAAGCACGUUCUUGAGCUGUCAGGAGUAGCCAUUGACAGAGUCGCAGUGAUCGGAGAGACCGCAUUUUCGGACGGGCUCUUAGUGUCGGUUGUACGGUCAUGGGCACGCUUAUUAGUUGACCAUUUCGGGCCACACAAUAAAGCCAAAGAGUAUAUCCGUACUUCUUAUGGAUUAGGUGAUGCCUUCAGAAGGACAAUUUGCGCUGAUACGGUCACUACGGAUUCUGGUACUAGACGCUUCACCAUCGAGCCCUUGAUAAAUGACGACCAUGAAUCAGUCACUACUUGGUUGCUGCAAGGAGGUCCCAACCAUUACCUGGCCGGCGAGCUGGCUUGGAAGAUAUUGUUCGGAGAUCUCGGAGACCAAAACAAUGCUGAGGCUGGAAAACCAGUAUCUUCAAGCAUCGAUAAUACAAUCCGAUUAGCGACAGCUCGACGAACCUUUUUCAUCACCGAGCGUGGCUAUAUUGGACUUGGGCCUGCAAGAAUGCGUGCUGGUGACCGUUUGUGUGCCCUUCUUGGCGGCCAGACUCCCUUCAUUCUCCGCAAACAUAUUUCAGCACCUCGUUUCGAGGUAAUCGGCGAUUGUUACACACAUGGGUUGAUGGACGGCGAAGCCAUGAAUAUGUGGAAAGACCUUAUCAACACCACGAAGGGCAUCAACGCUACUCUUCAAAGAGUGGCCAAUGGAUGGCAGGUGGUCUACCCGGAGUGGCUCACACGGACUCUGGAGCUGGUGCAAUUUCAAAUUGAAGGAUCCGGACAGCUUGUUCUUGAAGAAUUGGCUGAUUAUAUCAGAGCAUACUCGUGGUACGAUACAAGGGAAAAGUCUAUUUUGAGACUAUUGAUGGAUGAAAGUAGUAAUGAAGAGACAAGACGAGCAGCAGGAUACACUGUCGACUUGACCAAAUGGAAGUCUCGCUCAUUUAUCAUGACGGAGGCUGCAGGAGACCCACAAUGGGUCUCAAGGCUCAUCAAGGCAGCUGAGUUGAAGGUGGAAGAGAUUGAGAAGGAAGUUGAAGCCACGAAGGGCGUAUUGCUCCACCCUCUUGAUUCUAUUAGGGUUAUGGAACUUGGAUUCAAGCAGAAUGGACGAGUGUCCUUGGUAUGAUGGAGGCCAUGAACGUGGAUUGAGACGAUACAUGAGCUCAAAAAAAUGGAUUAACUCUUCAGGCUCAACAGAUCGUCUCGCACGUGAAUAUAUGGGCAACUGAUUUCCAAAUCUGGUCGGUCAGACUGCGCUUGCUUUAUGAGUUGCAAGUUCGAUAUGUUUAUAUGACAAACUUUUUCCAUAUUUUAAUUUAGCUUAGGCUCAGAAAACAGCCAAUCUUUCAUAGAAAACCAAAGGAGUGAUGAG